AUGGUGGUGACGAGUGGAGACGCAGUGACUCGAGUGAUAAUCGCAAGUGUCGCAAGGAUGUCCGCGAAUGGGGAGAAAGUGGAUGAUGGACAGAAGACGAGGCGGCUCCUGAGGACACCAAAGUGUGCUCGGUGUCGCAACCACGGUGUAAUUUCCUGCCUCAAAGGCCACAAAAAGCUGUGUCGCUGGCGAGAAUGCUGCUGCCCCAACUGUCAACUUGUGGUGGAGCGACAGAGAGUGAUGGCAGCUCAGGUGGCACUUCGACGGCAACAAAACUCCGAGGAGGAGGGCAGUCAAGGCGGUCUCGUGAAUCGAAUGCAGUCGAUGGAAGCUUUGCUGAACCAAAAACGGAACUAUUUGAAACAUCUUCGCAAUCUGCAGCAAUCAACAAUUUCGCGUGAUAUUCUCCAAGGCAUCAGGAGAUAUCCGCCAUUCAGCACACCAUUGGCCGAUCGGAUCCGGAAGCGACGGGCGUUUGCUGACCGGGAACUGGACUUGCAAUCCAUCAGUGCGGGCUCAUCGCUGAUAACUCAAGUGCCUCCCUUUCCUGCUUUCCCCUAUCAGAGCCCUUGCGAUCUGCCGCAGCGCCUCUUCAGCCCCCACUUCAGCCUCCACUCAAUACCCCCGUCGCAAUUUCCACCUCAGAUCACCGACCAGUGCUUCCAAACGUCCCCCGCCUCACUUCCCGUGGAGCCAACGAAACUGCGUGUACUCCAUCAGAGCGAAUUAAAUUCUAUUGUGGAGCCACAAUCGAGUACAAAAGCCACCAAAUUAUCCUUCUCAAUUGAAGCUAUUAUGGCCAUCAACUGA